CCUCUCAGACCAUUGAAGAAGGAGGGUGUACGCGCCUGCCCGCCCCGCCCACCCGGUAACUCCAAAUACCCUGACAAACCCUCCACCAUGGUCGAGGAGGAGCAGGAGAAACUCAAGGACGUGGCUGACGGCGCCGGCCACGCAUAUGGAGAAUGGUUCAAACGGUACAUGAACAUCUUUAGUCGUCGCUUCGUGGAGUGGUUGCUGGUGUUUGCCUUCGGAUACUACAAUGUGAGCUUCGGUUGGCUGAUGGCGCCGCUCUUCUUCCUGGUGCUGAGGGAGAAGAGGGCCAAGGAGAAGAAGGUUAAGUUCGACAUCAUCCGCUCCAUCGCCAACGCGGAUGAGAAGGAUAUACUGCAGGAGAUCCAACGCUUUGCUAACCUGCCUUCGUGGGUCACCUUCCCCGAUAUGGAACGAGUGGAGUGGCUGAACAAGAUCAUCCGGCAGCUGUGGCCGUACGCAGGUCACUACGUCCAGGACCUGUGCAAGUUCUCCAUUGAGCCCAGCAUCCGCAUGGCGCUGGAGGAAUACAAGCUCACCGGCUUCCGCUUUGAGAAGAUCAUCCUAGGGGACACGCCACCCAGGCUCUCGGGGGUGAAGGUCUACGACGACACAUCCAGACACGAGAUUAUCAUGGACAUGGACUUUGCGUACGCCGGGGACUGCAAAUUUGAGGUCAGCGUCGCCAAGUUCAAAAUGGGCAUCAAGGACCUGCAGAUCUCCGGGCGGAUGAGGGUGGUGAUGAAGCCACUGGUCCGCCAAAUCCCGCUGGUGGGUGGACUGCAAGUGUUCUUCCUCAACAACCCGGAUGUGGACUUUAACCUCAUUGGACUGGCGGAUGUGUUCGACAUGCCCGGACUGAGUGACAUUCUCCGGAGCAUUGUGACGGAGCAGAUCGCCCACAUGAUGGUCCUGCCCAACCGCUACCCCAUUCAACUGGUGGAGGACAUCAACAUCGCCGAGCUGAAGUGCCCCACCCCUGCUGGCGUGCUGCGAAUCCAGGUGAUCGAAGCGCAGAACCUCAUGAAGAAGGACGUGGGGCUGAUGGGCAUGGGCAAGUCCGACCCCUACUGCAUCCUGCGACUCGGGGCUCAGAAGUUCCAGACCAAGACCAUCAACAACACCGUCAACCCUAAAUGGGACUUUUACUGCGAGUACCUGGUCAAUGACAUCCGCGGCCAAGAGCUUGAUAUUAAGAUCUUUGACGAUGAUGAUGGACCCAACGAGGAUGAUCUUUUGGGGAGAGCAAACUUGGACGUACAUGACAUCUGGCAGAGCGGCGAAGUUGACAUGUGGGUGCCUCUGUCUGAUGCCAAGUCUGGACGGAUUCACGUGAGGGCGGCGUGGCUGGAACUGAGCCAGAUGGCCGACUCCCUGGAGCCUCAACUGGAGGAGAUCCGUGCCCUGCAGACGACCACCAAGAACCCCCUACACAGCGCGGUGCUCCUCGUCUGGGUCGACUCCGCACGGAAACUCAACACCAUCCCUGACCCCUUCGUGAGACUCCAUGUGGGCAACAGCCAGCAGGAGACCACCGUCCGCCAGCGCACCAACGACCCGGUCUUCGAGGAGGGCUUCACCUUCCUGGUCCGUAACCCUCACACUCAGGAACUCAAGAUCGAGGUGGUGGACAAGAAGACUGAUGUGGUGCAGGGCAAGAUAGAGCUGGACCUGAAGGUGCUGCUGAAGGAACGGAACCUGGAGCGGAUGAACGAGGAGUACUCCCUCAGCGGGGCGUCCGGCGGCCUGGCGGUGCUGAAGCUGAACAUCUCCCUCAAGAUCCUGAAGACCGUCCAGAAGCGCGAUGAUGGCGAUGGCGGACCCAAGGAGAUUGGUGAGGCUACCCCACCCCCUCCCUCCCCCCCUCCUACCACCACCCCCUCCACCACCACCACCACAGAACAACCCUCCACCACCACCACAACCACUACUCCUCCCACCACCACCACUACCACCGCCACCCCCACCCCCACCCCCACCCCCACCCCUUCCCAGCCCGAGCCGGCUCCCGCCCCGCCCGCAGCCACCCCCGACACCCGCCCCGCCCCGUUGCAGGCCCCUGAUGAGGUAGCAACGGAGAAGGACGCAGCCGGUGGAGGUGAAGGGGAGACACAGGAGGGAGUGGUCGAGGAGCCGGUGGUCAUGUCGUCCUCACCCACCCCAGCCCAAGCCGCUCCUGGUCAGACCGAGGAAGGGGACACCCAGCUGAGGCAGAGGUCGGUGGACAGAGGCGUUCACGGUCUGGGUCGCAUCGAACUGACGGUGAAGUACGGCCCGAGGAACAACCUGAUUAUCGUGGUUCAUCGUGUCGUUAACCUGCCAGUGGAGGAGGACGGCGAGCUCCCCGACCCCUACGUGAAGCUCUACCUCCUCCCCGACCGCUCCAGGGACAGCAAGCGCAAGACGGACGUGAUCAAAGACAACUGCAGCCCCCAGUACGACGAGAGGUUCGAGUACGCGCUGCCGCCCAAUGAGCUGACCAAACGCACGCUGGAGGUCACCGUCAUCAACAAGAAGGGCAUCCUGUUCCUCCAGCGCUCGCCUAAGAUGGGACAGAUACAACUGGACUGUGGACUGCUGGACGCGGCUAAGGUAACCCAGUGGUACGACCUUAGCCCUCCCAACGACGACGACGAGGAGUGAGGGCGGCGAGGUGUGCUGGGGCGCGUGGCAAGCUGGCGGGGUAGCCUGCGACGCAUCACCAAGCUGGCCAAGAACACCAAGAGGAAGGUGUGACGAGGAGGAAGAAGAGCAGGAGGAGGAGGAGGAGGAAGACUAGGACUGUGCCUGGUUGAUGUUAGUGUUGGUGUUUCAAUGUUUCCGCUGCUGCCUCUGCUAUUGCUGCUGCUGCUAAUGCCAAGGGGUGAAGGGUGAAGGACUAUAGGGUGAUGACGUGAAGGGUGAAAAGGGUGAUGGGAGUGAUGAUUUGAAGGGUGACUUGUGAAUGGUGAUGGAUGAUUGUUGAGAGUUGAAAGAGUGAAGUUUGGUGCUAAGGAAAGUUUUGAAAUGGAAACAGAGUAGGAUGUGAGUGAGAAGGAAAGGUGAUGGUGAGGGAGAGUUUGCAGGGAGUAAAUAUAAUGACGAGAAUGAUUUGAAGGACGAUGGGAGUGGGAAUGUAGAAUGUCAGGGAGAGUUUAAAGGGUAAAGAAAGGUUGGUGCUGUAGGGAAAGUCUUGAAGUGUAAACAGUGAAGGUUGUGAGUGAGGGAAAGGUGAUGGUGAAGGGAAUGUUUGCAGGGAUGAAGAUAUUGGUAGGCUUGCUUUGAAUAGUGAGGGAAGGUUUGAAAGGAUGAAGAUGGUGAGAAUGAUGUGAAGGUUGAUGGUGACAGUAGAUCUGAAAGGAUAAAGAUAGUUGAGAAUGAAAGGAUAAAGAUUUUGAGAAUGAGUGAAGGUUGAUGGUGACGGUGGAUCUGAAGGGAUAAAGAUUUUGAGAAUGAUGUGAAGGUUGAUGGUGACCGGCAGAUCUGAAGGGAUGAAGAUAGUUGAGAAUGACUUGAACGAUGAUAGUGGUAAUGUAGUUCGUUGGUUCCAAGGGCCAAAAAAAAAACUCUUCGCUUGGUAACGACCCAGCACACUUCAGAAACUAUAAACGUAACAAAGUAUAAGUAACCUGCGUAACAAAUGUGUAAUCUCAAGCCUUGCUGUGACCCCCUAGAGAGUCUCGGCCACACACUGAGAGCUUGCCGUCUAGUACUUAUGCCUCCCGAACGUACGCCAGACCAAGUAUUCCUAACGUGAUUUAUACUAGCGAAAUAAUAGCUGAUAACUAGCCGAUAUACUUUUGUCAUGUAACGGUCUUGUAACCUCCUCUUUAUACACCGUGGAAAUAUGUCAGAUAUAUACGACUGCUUAGCUUUUUCUAUACGAUUUUCUCAUAUCUCGACUGUAUUAUUCUCCCAUUGAUAUACAGUGGAAAGGACCCAUACAUAUAUCACUCUUUCUCUAUGUAAAUUUGUACCCAAGCAACAUACUAGCUCAUCAUACAGUUACAUUCAUCCCUUUUAUUUUUUUACAGUAAAGGAAGCAGCUCGUGGGCAAAAGUGUGUAAAAACGAAAGCCUUCUAGCACUGCUCCUGGAAUAGAAAGUAAAGAGUGGCCAAAAGAGAGGUCAGUACUUCUCUCAUCUCUCUCUGUAUACACCGGGAAGAGGCCACACGUAUACCAGACUCUUUUCAUAACAUAAUUUAGACUUUCAAAAUACGGUUAUACAUCACACAUACAGUUACCAUUCAUCCAUUUCAAUCUGUAUACACUCGAAAGAAGUCACAUGUAUACCACAAUUUUUAGACAUCAUACAUACAUUCAGUUACCAUUCAUCCAUUUAAAGUAUAUGAAUUUUCUUAUACCCUGAAAUUGUAACAUCGGAAAGAAGCCAAUCGUAAACCAAACUAGGAUUCUUCUUCUUUUCACUUAGUCUAUAUUUUCCCCAAACUAGCUUUCCCCUUAGAUUUGUACUUUAGGAGCUAUUUUUCAUACAGUAUUAAAUUAUUGCAGGGUAUAAAGUUCCAUAUACCUCAAACUAAUGUCAAUAGAGUGGAAAACUGUCAUAGGUAUACCAGACUAACUUUCUUUUAUGAACUCCUAACAUACUCCUGCAACUUAGAAGCUUGUCAUACAGUUAUCAUUCAUCCAUUUCAAGAUAAAAAAAAUUGGUAUACCCGCAUUCACUUUCAUUGAGUGUAGCUAAGCCAAACAUAUACCAAACUAGCUGUACCCUACAUCUGUUUAUACUCUUUCAACCAAAAACGAAUAGCCUAUCAAGUCAUACAGUACACUCAUCAUCAAUCCAUUUCAAGGUGUAAAGUUCCAAAUGACCCAAGCCAGUUUCCUUUGACGAACACUAAUGCCAAAAUAGCACACACACUUCAGUCAUGUAAUCCCUCGUUUGUACAUGUAAGAUAGAAAUUAUGCCACAAGUUUAGACGUUUUGACCUCUAGCAUUUAUUCGCUCAUCAUCAAUCCAUUUCAAGGUGUAAAGUUCCAGAUAACCCAAGAACAGUUUCCUUUGACGAACACUAAUGCCAAAAUAUCACACAAACUUCAGUCAUGUAAUCCCUCAUUUGUACAUGUAAGAUUGAAAUUAUGCCAAAAGUUUAGACGUUUUAAUAUCUCGCAUUUAUUCACAAGCACAAAAUUUGCAUCGACCCACUACACCCAUAACACACUGUAAGGACGAGCACAAAUCAUCCUCAACUUGCCAUUUGUUUUUUAUUAGCCAACACAAGCAUCCAAUGGCUUUGUGUCUUGCCAAACCUUUGAAUAGAAUCUUUUAUCUUGUGGCCAUGUGGUUAGUCUCAUUUGUAAGUUUGAACUCUUGUUGCAAUCACACCAGACGUCCUUGUUUUGGUUGGUGUGUCUUGUAAAAACAUUUAAAACCAUUAAUCUUGUGGCCCAACACGUGGCUAGUCUUGUUGUGAUCACUGACGUCCUUAUUCAGUUAGUGUCUUGCCAAACCAAUGAACCAUUAAUCUUGUCUUUGGAGUUUGAAGUCCUUUGUCAGUUGGUCUCGUCUCAAUCACAUCAGACGUCCUUGUUUGGUUAACGAGUUUGCGAAGGAAGGCCUAAACCAGGUCGUCUAAUAACAGGAACACAACUGACUGUCUGCCGUGGGAGUGUGGCCUUAAGUAGUGUGUUAGGGACCUGUCUGGGGCUGCCUGGGGUGCUGCCGCCGCUGCUGUAGUUGUGUUAGUGCGCUGUGCUGGCCGGCCAAAGCCUCUCGAUAAUUAUUGGUGUGUGGUGACAAAUUUUACACUCAGAAGUCUGUUUCAGUUUUUUUAUAGUUUCUUGUAUGAUGUUCUUUUUAAUUACCUUUGAGAAACUGCAACUAUAUUUAUGGGUCAUGUUUUUAUGCAGUCAAAAUGUGCUGCAAAUCAUCCUUUUCAUGACUAAAAUUUUGCAUUACUUUAGGUUGUCUUGGCAAACAAUUACUCUUUGAUUGCAGUUUUAAGUUCCUGAGAUAAAAUGUUUUGUGUUAGAUCAGUUCCUGGGAUAGAAUCUUUUGUGUUCAGACCACUUGUUUCUCACCAGGGCAGAGUUCACACUAACACUGAUACCCAACCUUUACCAGUCUUGCCAGUAGUGUUGUCGCAGUCCAACCUGAACAUAACCUUACACUUCUACAGGCCAGUGUGAUAUUAAUAUGAACACAUGGAAAGGCUCUGGUGCUGCUGACCUAAACUUGUUAUGCUUCCUCUCUUGUGGGUGAAGCAUUUCUAUUGUGAUGGUGAGCUCUCUGGUGUUUGUCAGCAAGGAGUUUUAAAGGAAUCUCAUAGCUGUAAACUAACCCACAUGAUAUUCACACAAGGGGGCGUCACUGUGUUAAUCAUAUCCCUGCUCUGCCUUCUCUGCUGUGGGUAGUAGCCGAGGUUAAGAUGAUUUAUUCUUGUAUUUGGACUCCAUCGUUUGUUUUCUUGCCAUACAAACAACGUCAAUUAACACACAUGCCCUGCCUUGCCUUGCCUGGUGUGGGGAGUAAUUUCAGAUGGUCGUGAUUUAUUCUUACAUUUAGUUUUUCUCGUGUUGCUGCCUCCUUGCCACACACACAGCCAGAGGUGAGCGCUUCAGUUCCGCAGGGAUUAAAGAUUCUAUAUAAGUGUAGGUUUAUCUUAACAUGUAGCCUGGUAGUCUUUGUUUAACGUCCUCAUCUUUCCUUAUAUGGUGUUGGACGGGAACGAUGGUGUUGUUGGUAUUGAUGCAUAUCGGACACAAGAAGUUUAUGACACGUCCGUUGCGGCAGUUUGGGCCACAGCCAACACACGAGCUUAGCCAGUAGAGCACAAUGUUGAUUUUAAUUUCAUGACAAUAUUGCAAUAGUUAGGUAUAUAGGUUUCAUCUUUCCAUUAAGGCUUUUUUGUAGAAAUGUAGCCACUAAGCUGUCUAAUUUAAGCAUUUGAAAGGUUUGCCGUAUAAAUCUGGUGCUAGUUGUGUUGAUUUCAUGCAGAACAGAUACUUUAUCUUUGCCUCAUUGGGCUUCUUGGGCGGCAAAAUAUGGAUGAUUAUAAAGUCUAGAUCGUGAGGAGUCAAACCUAAAGUCCCUCCAUUAGAUUAUCCUAGCUGUAAUGAUUUGCCUUCAUCUCGCACACUUGGUUACACGCACACACUAAUCUUAGCCUUUUACUGCACUCGUCCGUGGCGUAUUUGAAUAGCCAGUUAGCUGCGUGAUGGUUGAUUAUUCUCACAAAUUAUGAUUCUCUUCAAUUCUGUGACUUACAAGAAUUUUCGGUCAUACGUGCACAACUGAUAUUCAGAUUAAUUCAGGUACACACACACACACACACACACACACACACACACACACACACACACACACACACACACACACACACACACACACACACACACGAUAUUCACAAUUUUUUUUAGGAAAUGAGUGAUUUACACAUUUGUCAUGGUAAACAUUUUGAUAUUAUUUCACCAUAUCAGGUUGUUCCUGUUCUCUGACUGUUGGAGUCAAAUUUAUACACUGCAUAAGCUUUAAAUAGAUCUGUCAAGUUGUUGGUGCCAAGUUGGGUUUAGUUAGAAUAGAUGAUUUGCAAACUUUGUAGAGACUUGCCUGUUUGUUCCAGUAGAUGAGAAGCAGCAAGAGGGGGAAAGGAAGGGAAGAAGAGGAGGAGAUAGUUAAGUCAUGCUAAGUUAAGGUUGUGAGGUUGUUAUUCACACAUUGGGAGAGUAUAAUGAUCCGAUAUAUUUAUUGUUAAGAGUUUAUAUAUAAAUUAAAUGUUGAUCUGAAUCUGUAAAUGCACUGAUUGAUAAGUUUAUACAUUGUUUUCUUGCAAUGAUCAGCUGGCAACACAACUUUUAAAACUUGAAUUGGGUUGGACUCGGAACCAGUUACUUGUGUGGAAACUUUGUCAACUUGCAGGGAGUGGAGGAAUAUUGUUAAGCGGAGUCAUGGAAUAGAGUUUGGUUUCAUCACUGGCACCAUGUUACCAAAAGAGCCAUGUGAAAUUCAAACCAAUGCGGAUACAAUGUUUUCUGUGCUCUGGGUAUGGUAAAAAAAUCUUGAAAAAGUACCCAAAACACAAAGAAAACACUAUUGUAUCGUCAUCACUGAACUUCGCGCUGCUCUUUGGAUAACAGCAUGGCGCCUGUGAUGAGGGUGGUCAAACUCUACUAUUCUGUGGCUCUGUUAACUCCACUGAAUCGCCAAGAGAAAGUUUACAGCCACUGAUUGUAAGGAAAUAACUGUUGUGUUCAGCAGACAAGUCUGUGAAUGGGAAAAAUAAAGUUGCCUGAAUCACUGUCACGAGGAUGCACAUUAUUCCCUCUCCGCUGUUUGUCUUCUCUUAGAGGCUUGUUUGUGUGUGCCACGUGUGGCUGUGUCCUGCCCGUUUGCACAGUGGGGUAUAUUCCCCUUUAUUUCCCUGGCAACAAGUCGCCUUUCAGGCGGCUUGUUGGCCCCCUUGAUUGUGCCGUAUGUUGGUGGUGGGACGGUGAGGAAAGAUGAAUACACAAGAAAAUGUUUAA